CGUCGCCAUAUGUCGCCAUUAAUUCGCGGCGACUCGAGCAUCUUUGUGACACUUAAAAUACGUGCUUAAAAACUAUGGAAAGUGGAGAGAAAUAGAAACACGUUUGUUUCAAAUAGAUUGCAUUAUUCGGAUUCAUUAAUUUCCUUAAUGGACGCUCGCUAAAUUGUGCGAACACAUAAGAUUAUAACGAUAUUGUGUUUCGAACUACGCCAUUUUUGACUUAAUCCGUGCGCAAUUUGAAUUUGCAUUAUUGAAUCGAUCGAUAUCAUUUCUCGAUGCGCUCAAUCGACUUUAAGCUUUUUGACUUUUGAAUGGCCCGUAGCAUGGCAUCGCUUUACGAUGGCCACGAUCAUUACAAGAGGAUGUUUGAACUUCGGGAGAAACUGCGAAAGAGCGAGGAGGAGAGAAUACGAUUGGAGGGGCGAUUCAACGAGCUCGUGCGAGAAUCUUAUGAUAGCUCGACGAUUUUCUGAUUGCAGACACGAUGCUUGUAUAAAUCGGUUGCGUAUGAGAUACAUACAGUAUUUAGAGGAACAACGUGCGAGAGAUGAAAGGAAUCACAAGCUUCUCGCAGCAUUGGACAAAGUCACAAACAAGCUCGCGUUGAUAAGCGCGAAAAAAGACAGACUCAAUGUUCUCAGAAAGCAAUAUGAAGCUUAUCUGCUGCGCGUUUAUGCCAAUCGUCGACAACCUGGUAGCGUCACCGGAGACAGCGGUAUCGCUAGUCAGAAUGAGGAUAAGUACACGAAGAAAAUCGUCACGUUGGCGCAGCCUGAUAUAGCAUCCGCGGAAACGAGAAGCGUUUCGUCACCGCGGGCGCAUCUGUCUACUCAAUCAAAUCAGCCAAGGUCUACCUCCACAUUCAAGUUGCAUGAUCAAACUGCUGUAAACGGCACUUUAUUAAAUAAUUCUCCGAUCUUGCCAACUACGCCACUAAGUGCACCCUUCGGUGUCGAUUAUCAUCAGACGCGCGUUCCUCGUGAACCGCAUGUUUAUGUCUCACCGGUCGGUCAAUCGAACGAACAACUCACUCAAGUGUCAGCAAUUUCCUCGCCAAAUACCCGUCACUAUCCACGAACGCUUUCCGGUUAUGACGAGAGCGCGUCUCGUGGUCUUCAAGAUGUCGGCAAUUUUCGCGCUUCGCAUACGAAAGCAUCGGUUUUGCCGAUGUCAUUCUUGGAUCAGAUUCAACCCGAUGCUGUUCCCGUUAAUCGAUUCUUCAGAGAGCAUGUGGAAUCGCUGCAAGCCGCGACCUCUGGUCUCUCGACGCAAUUUCCUGCUGGAAAAGCGCGAUACGAAGAGACAUCGCGAAAUGAGCCUGUUUCACGACGAUUCGAUCCCUUGACCGCGCUUCAAUGUGACGAUGUUAAUAUAAUGUUAUCUAAUCCGCAAUCGCAGAUAAGAGAAUACGAUCCGUCCGAUGUUGCAGGACCCUCUUUAAUGACUGCGAAAUCGAGUACAUAUCGAGUGGAUCCCAAUAUAAGUGUCGUUGAUGAAGUCGAUCCGUUGCCGGGAUAUAUGGACUAUAUCGAGGCGAGUCCGCAGAAGUCCGAGGACGAAGGAUCCAUCCAUUCCCUCACUAGCGAUGACGUGGACGAUAUGAUAAGGCGCAACGAGCAUCUAUUGUGGAGCACGGAUGGUGCCAAGACUCCAUGUCGAUCGCCGAUUGACGUUUUGGGACUGCAUAACGCUAAUUUGGACGAGAAUGGCAAAACGACGGCGAUCCUGGAAAAUGAAUUGGACCAAUACAUUAGCAAAAUCCGGAAACUCCAUCGAGAGCAUGGUGUAACGACUCUGGAGGAGAUGGACCACGAACAGAACACUAGUGGUGAUCUGCUGAACGUCACUCUGUCGGAGGACGCUGCGGAGCUUCCGGCUGAAGAUCGGGCGAGAAAGGAGCGAGUGUCUGCGAAGAUGGACAGGAUUCUGGCGUUGGCAAACGAUCUUGCGUCGAAGACGACUGGACUGAAGGAGGUUACACAAAAUACAACCGGGCAAAGUGGCAACGAUAACUUAUCCGCGGAAGUUGUCAAGGAUGAAAUUAGACACCGCGAAGCGACGACGGACGAUACAUCGCAGUUCGAAGAAAAACGCGAGCCUGAAGGACGCGGAAUCUCGGCAAAGAACGAAAUUAGAGAAGACGUUGCGACACACUCAACGGAAUUAGAGCAAACGCGUAGAAACGCGGAGAUUGCGAAAGAGAGCUGGAAUAAUGCGGACGAUUUAGCCGAAUCGCGAGAGCGCGAUCGGGAAAUACCUGCUGCGAAGAAAGACGACACACACGAAAAGAUAGCCGCAUCCUCGAGUAACGGAUCACAGAUCGACAAUCGGAACAACGCAUCGGAGAAGAAACAGUUCGAUCUUGUUACCGGUGAAGAAUCGAAUAUCGAUGGUCUAUUCGACGUCGCCGAAGAAUUGACACCGUGGAAUCUUGCGAGUAUGCAAAAGGAAGUUCGAGAAUUAGAUUUGAGCGAUCCUAACGAAGCUCGAGCGGUGAAAAAGGACGUCGAAGAGACGGAGAAUAAAAUCGUCGAUGAAAUUGCAAGCGAAUCGCAUGUUUCGUUACCGUUCAUCGAAAAAAGCGGCGCGAAUGAUGAAGUGGAGAACGCGCAUCAUCUGCAAGAUACACUUCCUCACGAGGAGAUGGAGUCGAAAAAGUUGGAUGUAUGCGAAGCGAGCGAAUCCCAAGAAACACAUCAUCCCUCUGUCGAGAAUGUUGAAGACGUGACUUUUGAAAUUUCGAAUCAACAUAAAACCGACGAGUCCAAAAUCACAUCUCACGUAAAUGAGGAACUUGGCGAAUCAAAAAAAAAUAAUGAUAAGAAGCAGGAUAAUGACGAGACGACAAAACCUCAAAUCGAUGAUCGAUCUGAGAAUAUAAUAAAAGAUAAUGAAUAUAGUGUCGAGCAAGAAUACGUCGAGGAUUCGAGCCAAGAGCCACGAUACGAACAAGAUUCAAAUGAGCAAUAUCGUUAUGACCAAGGUAUAUCAUACGAGGGAGUUAAUAACGAGGAGUACGAGAGGUACGCCGCACAAGGAUACGCUCAAGAGGGACAGGAAUAUGUCGAAUACGUGGAUGGUCAGUACGAGCAAUAUCCUGAAGAUCCCAAUAAUCCACAAUAUCAACAUGAUCCUAACGCGCAAUACGAGCAGGAUCCGAAUCAAGCAUACGAUUAUAAUUACGACCCCAAUCAAGGAUACGGGGAUGAUCCUAAUCAGCAAUACGACCCCAAUCAAGGAUACGAGAACAAUUCUGGUAAUCAGGCAUACGAUUAUACCGAACAAGUUUCUUACGAUCCUAAUCAGGUGUACGAUAAUACAUACGAGCAGGAAGAACAGCAUAAUCCUGAUAAUAAUGUUGUCGUCGAAAAUCCUGAAAAAGAACCGGAAACGGAAGAAACCUCGCAGAGACAGGCAAAUCCGGAAUCGGAACACAAAUCAAGCAGAGAUGAAGAUCCACAAAGCAGAGAUGAAGAUCCGCAAAGCAGAGAUGAAGAUCCGCAAAGCAGAGAUGAAGAACCUCAACAAGUAGACGCUGUUAGCGGAACGAAGAAGAAAGACGUGAUUAAAUCCUUGCUAGAUUCUGACACAGAUACGACAAUCGAGAGAAACGUCUCGAACACGGAGAGUGAUUUUGAUUUUAAUUAAAAUGUACACAUGCGUCUGGACGCAAUGGAAAGACAUUAAAUUUGUAUAAAGAGAUAAAGGUAAACUGCAGUGAUAAGAUCCUAUUAAUAAAAUCAAAUGCAUCAAAGAAGAACAUAACUAAAUUUAUGUCGAGUUUCAACAUCGAUUUCACGAGAAGUGUCUCGGGUAUGAACAGCGAUCUUAAUUGAAAUGUGCAAUGUUUCGAAGAAAGAAUGCUAAGUUAAGUAUAGAUGAAGAAAAGUACAGCAAUAUUGUUAAUGAGACAAGUCUGAUUUAGAAGGACAUGCUUUUUAAUAUCCUUGCUGAAUUUCAAUAUGAAUUUCACAUUUAUUUCGCGAGAAAUGCCUGGAAUAUGGAUAGCGAAUUUACUUUUAAUUAGAGCUUUAAUUAAAGUCCAAGAAUUGUAGCAAACGGCAAAAAUAAUUAAUCUUGUUGGAUUUCUGCUUUGAACAUCUAUCGUAAAAUCAUAUUUACAUAUGUAGGUACAGAAUAAACCCACAUAGUAUGCAUAUUCAAAAGACGUCCAGAAGAUAUCCCGAAAAUCAUCUUUAAACGAUAGAAUAUCUUCGGGAUGUCCUUUGAACAUCUGUUGGAUAUACAUACUAUGUGAGAAGUGGAAAAAUAAGAUGCAAAUAUAUUAUUUUAUCGACGCUUUAAUAUAUAUAUUUUUGAUUAAUUACGGCAAAAUUUGAAUAUAACUAAUUAUACGCAUAUGUGAAAAACUGCGCACCUGUACAAUCAUGAAAAGAUUCAUUCUUAUUAAAAAUGACACGGAUCUAAUUCUAAGCAUCUACAGCUUUACAUUGUAAGGAUCAGUUAUUAUUAAAGAUACCUAUUAAAUUU